AAAAAUGGCGGCUCUGUUCUGCAGGGAAGUAGGCUACUGACCCUCGUCAAAUUCAGCCAAGGAAACGUGGAUCCGUCGAGGGACGCUGAGUGGUCGGCUUUCGUCUGUUCAUAGUUCCUCCUGCCUCCCCCCAACCAGCUUUGGUCACCAUGGGUAGGACACCCCAGAGAGACCAAAAAGAUACAAAGAAAGAGAAAACUGGGAAGAGUGAUAUCACCUUUGACGCAUCUCAGACAAACCCUAAAGAGCCUUUCACAUGGGAAGUGUAUCUCAAAGAGACCUCCUCAGUCGCCGCCUCUCCAAGCUGCUUUAGACAGUCCAGAGUGCCCCCCAGCAAUGACUUCAAGAUAGGCAUGAAGGUGGAGGCCCGCGACCCGCGCAACUCCACCUCCGUCUGUAUCGCCACGGUGAUGGGCCUGAUGGGCACGCGACUGCGCCUCCGCCUGGACGGCAGCGACAACACCAACGACUUCUGGCGCCUGGUGGACUCGUCCGAGAUCCAGCCUGUGGGCACGUGCGAGAGGAGUGGAGAUAUGCUGCAGCCACCACUAGGAUUCAGAAUGAAUGCCUCCUCAUGGCCCAUGUUUCUGUUGAGGACCUUGAGUGGUGCAGAGAUCGCCCCGGCCAGCGCUUUUAAGAAGGAGCCCACAAAGCCUCUCCAGAACCACUUCAGGCCGGGCAUGAAGCUGGAGGCGGUGGACAGGAAGAACCCCUACCUGAUCUGCCCCGCCACCAUCGGGGAGGUGAAGGCCGACGAGAUCUUUGUCACGUUCGACGGCUGGAGGGGCGCCUUCGACUACUGGUGCAAGUUCUACUCGCGAGACAUUUUCCCCGUGGGAUGGUGCUCCCUCACCAGACACAGCCUGCAGCCGCCCGGCAACAGCUUCACCAAGAACAUCAUCCCUGCUGUGAUUCCCUCCAAGGCGUCCUCUCGGCGCUCCGUCAUGCAGUCCCCGUACCGUCUGCCGCACCCGCUGCCCCCCCUGCCCGUCCGGAAGGGGGUGAGGGGCCGGCGCCCCAAGAGCCAGACCAUCGCCAUGCUUAAAGCGGCCGCAGAGGUAGCGGCGGCGGCGGCAGCAGCAGCAGCAGCCGGCGGGCACAGCGGACCGGGUACAGACGUGGGCAGUAACGGCACUGCUGCUUUGCAGAUGACGCCACGAAUCUACAAGAAGAGGGGGCCCAAACCUGGCAGCAAGAGGAAACCUCGCGUCGUGCCGUCUCUGGCCAGCUCAGGCUUGUCCAACCUGACCUCUGAGCACAGACUGUCUGCCAUGCAGACGACCAAGGACGGCUCCAGCAAUCCCCUCUCAACAGUGUGCGUGUACGUGAACAAGCACGGCAACUGCGGGCCGCAUCUGGAUCGUAAGCUGGUUCUGCAGCUCCCGGACCACUUUGGGCCUGGCCCAGUCAACAAGGUGCUCCAGUACUCGGUGCAGGCCUGUGUGGACUGCGCGUACCAGCCCAAAUUGCUCUACUCCUUCCUGCAGUCGCAGUCCGAUGGCGGGGAAAUUAUCAGAGUGCGGUCGGACGGGGGUACGAGCUACGUGAAGCUCCCCUCGGCGUCAAGCGCCUCCUUCGUUCUGCGCUUCCUGGAGACGCUGUGCCACCACCUGCAGUGCGACAGCCUCUUCAGCAGCCAGCCCUUCAGCCCCUUCUCCAGCGCCUCCUCGCCCGCGCACACGCACUGCGCCUACGACCGCAAGACAGUCAAAGAGGAGACCACGGACGCCUUAUCUCUAGCCAGGGGCCUACAGCGCUUCCCCAGUGAGUCCAACUCCUACUGCCCCGAGCCCCUGCCCACUAAACUCCAGGCCUCAGAAGAGACGCUAGCCAACGGUGAGAACGGCUCCACCCCGGACCACCAGUCCCCCGGCUACUCCCUGGAGUCCACGCCCAACGUCAUGUCCCCUCGGCCCCACGCUCUGCGCAGCUCCUCGGAGUACCGGCCUCCGUCUGCAGCGGGCGCCGUGUACUCGUCCCCCGGCACGCCGUCCGUCUUGCGCCGUCUCUCCUCCAACACGCCCGCCACGCGCAUGCACAGACAAGUGGAAGGUACGCAGACAGCCAGCUCCACUACGGGUCCUGAGCACCAGAAGAUGGAGCAUGACUCUGGCAGUGGCAGCGGCGGCGGUGGCGCGUGGUCCCCUAGUGCCAACCCCUCCUCCUGGAGCAUAGAGGACGUCAUGCAGUUCGUCCGCGACGCUGACCCCCAAGCCUUGGCUCCCCACGCCGAACUCUUCAGAAAACAUGAGAUCGACGGGAAAGCCCUGCUGCUCCUGCGCAGCGACAUGAUUAUGAAGUACAUGGGCCUCAAACUGGGGCCCGCCCUCAAGCUGUGCCACCAUAUAGAGAAACUCAAGCAGACCAAGCCCUAGGCGGACAUCAUACCACACACAAACACAAACUACAAAACAUGCCCAGAGAUCAUUUUUUGGGGGUUUAUGGAGCAUUGACAUCCAAGAGGAACAACACACACACGCAAACGUAUACACGUUCAUGCACACAGUCUAAAAAAAAAAAAAAACAUGUCCUGUGCUCAUUUUUCUGGAUAUGUAACUUUUGACAUCCAAGAGGAUCGUAUACCAGCUGGGACUUUGGAUUGAACACCAUAUAUAUCUCCUGCCAAGCGUCUUCUACUUUUAUUUUUUCAAUUCUUUUUGUCAAGGUCCAGGCCAUCUUUAUGUUCUUCCGGUGACUGCAGAGAGACCAUGUUACCUCAUACUAUCACUCAAGCACACAAACAAGAAAUCGGGAGACAGGUGACAUGAAGCAGAGUAAGCUGAAACCCAAAGAAUACUCUCAUAUUUCUAGACUGGCAUGUUUUAUGCAUACAGCCUUCUGCUGUAUGUAUGUAUAAAACAUAAUUUCAAUUAUUUUUCAAUUUGAGUUAACAUGUACUUUCAAAACAUUGUUUAAGGUAAAAAAAACAAUUUGAGUUACCUACAAUGACUCCUUUCCAUAUAUUAUUGAGGGAAAUAACAGACCAUUUUUGGCAAGUGUUUACUCUGAAUCACAGGGUAUUUAAUUGCAUCGAUUUGUGGAGUCAAAACGAAGCAGGCUUCUGUUCGGAGCAGCUGCUGUUUUCCAAAGUGAUCAGUUUUGUUUGCUGAAAUCCAGCAUGGAUAAGGGUUAUAGUAUACUAUAUGGGGUUUCUGAAGGUGCUUACUUGGUUAAUUGAUUGCAUGUCAAAAAAUGUGAGUCUAUAGAGGAAGAUAUCUGUAGCCUACACAGACUCUAGUCUGUUUUUGUUUUCAUGGUAAGCUUUUUCUGCUGCUGCUGCUGCUGCUGCUGGGCAUUGACUGGAAACAUCUAUUAAAGAUCAAUGCAAAUCCAUAGGUUGU